AUGGAAGCAUUUUUUCAGGCCUUAGGGGUACUAUAUGAUGAACCCAAUAAAUCGACUCUAGCAGAAUCUCAGUUGAAGUCUUUCACUCAGGGGGACAGACCGGUGGAGGAAUACUGCACUCAGUUCCGGAAGUGGUGUGUUCCCUCUGGCUGGAAUGAGCCAGCGCUUAAGUGGCAGUUUAGAUCAGGGCUCUCUGAAAACCUUAAGGAUAUGUUGGUCAGUUAUCCCUGCUCUGACACCUUAGAGCAGACUAUGACUCUGGCUGUUAGACUGGACCGACGUAUUAGGGAAAGGCAACGAGAACAUCUGACCUUUACACAGGUGGUGGUCAAGCCAGACGCCUUACUCAUGGGAGUCAAGGUAGAGAAUUAUCCCAAAGAACCCAUGCAGCUCGGAAUGACCAGAAGGGAUCAGAGACGUCUAAGGGGUGCCUGCUUUUAUUGCAGAGAAUCUGACCACUGGGUACGACAAUGCCCUAAGACUCCUCUCUCCCGGAGAUCCUCACGGCCAGACAUCUUGAAGGAUAAGGCUGGAAUCACUACUGAGUCGAAAACUGUUCCCCCAUACAUCAGUGACUUUGCUGAUGUUUUUCCAUGUCCGACGCUGAGUUUCUUCCCCCUCAUAGACCAUAUAAUUGUGCCAAAGAUCUUAUUCCGGAAUCCAAAGUGUAUAUGUGGACAAGAUAUAGCUGAUGAUGAUGAAGAUGAAAAUACUCAAGCAGGUUGCCGAACUGCUGUGAACGAUUUAGUGUUCAUCGUUGAUGGGUCCUGGAGUGUAGGAUACGUUGACUUUGACACUGCGAAGAACUGGCUGAUAAACAUAACCAGUAGCUUUGACAUUGGACCUGCUUACACCCAGGUGGCUGUAGUUCAAUACAGUGAUCUACCAAGGUUAGAAUUUACCCUUGGGCAACAUCGGACAAAUCAACAACUUAUUAAUGCGCUGAAAGGUAUGAAAUACUUGGGAGGAAAUACACAGACAGGACGAGCAAUUAAAUUUUCAACUGAAAAGGUUUUUCCGUCAUCCCAAAGGACAAAUCUUGCCAAAAACAAAUUUGCCAUUGUAGUUACUGAUGGCAAAUCUCAGGAUGAUGUGGUGGAGAUUGCGGCGGAAGCCAGAGCACAAAAUAUUAUUAUGUUUGCAGUGGGAGUUGGCUCUGAAAUCACCAAGUCUGAACUGGUAGCAAUUGCUAAUUCUCCAUCCACUGACUAUGUCCUGUAUGCAGAAGACUACACCACCAUCGACAGGAUUAAGGAGGCCAUGCAACAGAAGAUAUGUGAAGAAUCCGUGUGUCCUACUCGAAUACCUGUAGCAUCACGGGAUGAAAAGGGUUUUGAGCUGCUUGUGGGCAUGAAAAUUCCUAAAAAAGGUCAAAAGAUAGUAGGAUCACUGACUUCAGAAAAAGCCUAUCUUCUUACUCCUGAUGUUGAUGUGACUGAAAAUACAAGAGACAUAUUUCCAGAAGGCCUUCCUCCCUCCUAUGUAUUUGUGGCAACCAUACGUUUAAAAGCUCCGGAAACACAAGAAGUUAUUGACCUGUGGAGAAUUUUGUCCAAAGCUGGAGAGGUCCAGGCAGCUGUGACUCUAGAUGGCACAGACAGUUCAGUGAUCUUGACUGUCACAGGGAUGAAUGAAAAUUAUCAAGUGAUAAAGUUCAAAGGUUCAAAAUUAAAGGAACUAUUUGAUGAGCGGUGGCAUCAGCUGAAGAUACUAGUGAGAAGUAACAGUGCAGUCUUAUUUCUAGAUGAUUCAAUCAUUGAAAACAGAGUCCUAGACGAAAUUGGACCAAUUUUUAUUAAUGGCAAAACUCAGGUUGUAAAGAAAGCGAAGGCAGAUGAAUCAAUCACUAUGGAGAUUCAGAAAUUGCGGUUGUACUGUGAUCCACAGCAAAGUGAAAGAGAGACGGCCUGCGAAAUUUACUCUGUGGAUGAUCCUAGGUGUCCACUUGACAGGGUGCCUACAUCUGCUUGUCAGUGUCCAGAAGGUCAGCCUGGGACUCCAGGAAUACCAGGAUCAGAGGGUCCACAUGGGCCACCCGGGAUAAAAGGUGAUCCUGGUCACCCAGGAGUUCAGGGACCAAUUGGACCAAGUGGUCAGCCUGGAAGUCCUGGGAUUCCAGGAAAAAAGGGCAGUAAAGGGGAAAGGGGAACAGUUGGCCCUUCAGGACCUCAUGGACCUCCAGGCGAAUCGGGAUUACCAGGAAGAAAUGGUGUACCAGGUCUAGUAGGGUCAAAGGGAGAUAAAGGUCAGCAAGGUCUACCUGGAACAGACGGCCGCCCCGGAUUACCGGGUUUUCGUGGCACUUCUGGUCUUACUGGUCCAAUAGGAUUAAAGGGAGAAAGAGGAAUGACAGGACCAAAAGGUGCCAUUGGACCUCUGGGCAUUAAGGGUGAAAACGGGGCACCUGGACUUCCAGGAGCAGAAGGGCCAGAAGGGACAAAAGGUAUCCAAGGUGAUAAUGGGCCUCCAGGGCUACCAGGCAUCCCUGGAAUAAAAGGUCAAAGAGGUGAUCCAGGUUUGCCGGGCUUAGAAGGUUCAAUGGGAAGCCAAGGGCCAAAAGGAUGUAAGGGUGAGAGCGGAGAUGAUGGAGUAAAAGGGGAUCAGGGGGAUAACGGUGAAGCUGGUCAACCUGGACCUCCAGGAAUAAGGGGUGAAGAAGGAGGCAAAGGAGCCAAAGGAGAGAAAGGUGAAUUUGGCGACUAUGGUGAAAAAGGGCAAGAAGGCAUAAAAGGUGAAGCUGGUACACAAGGAAUUCUAGGGCCUCGUGGUUUUCCAGGGGAAAUAGGCCCACAAGGAAGAUCUGGAAUACCUGGUAUUCCAGGAAAACCGGGAAAAUCAAUGACUGAUGACCAUGUCAUGAAGUUGUGCAGUAAUUUAUUGCGUGAGCAGCUACCUUCUUUACUUCAUAAUAUGAGCCCAAGAUGUCCACCUUGUGAGGGAAAGCCAGGGCUCCCGGGGAUGCCUGGUAUCCAAGGAAAAGCUGGUGAUAGAGGACCACCCGGGUACCCAGGAAGAGGAGGCAGAUCUGGAUAUCCAGGAGUUCAGGGAUUAACAGGACUUCAAGGAAUUAAAGGAGAUAAAGGACCAAAAGGAGAAAAAGGUUCUAAAGGAGAACGUGGCAUAGGAGAGCAAGGACCACCAGGAGCUCAAGGAUUACCUGGAAUUAAUGGAAGCAAUGGAGAAGGACUGGUUGGACCUUCAGGAAAUCCUGGAAAAAAUGGAGUACCUGGAACUCCAGGAAAGCGUGGAUUUCCUGGAACUCCUGGAGUUUGUGACCUAUCUUCAUGUCUAUCUGCAUAUGGAGCUAGGGAUGACCCUUUCAGAAAAGGACCAAACUUCUGA